AUGUACAACGUCGACCUUGACUCUGCAGAGACUCCUUUGUUUAGUCCCCAAACUCCUACCCAAACACCGCAAGAACCAAGUGUCAAAGAGAGGAGAAAGUGGUCUGUGAAGGAGGAUUUAAUCCUGGUGGGUGCUUGGCUCAACACUAGCAAAGAUGCAAUCGUUGGUAACGAACAAAAAGGUGCAGCCUUCUGGAAGAGGAUUGUCGAGUUCUACAACUCCAGUCCUCUUCUCGUUGGGACAGUGCCAAGAGAACUAGGGAAAUGCAAGCAAAGAUGGACUAGAAUCAAUGAUUUGGUCUGCAAGUUUGCUGGCUGCUACGACAUGGCAUUGAGGGAGCAGAGAAGCGGUCAAAAUGACAACGAUGUGAUGAAGGCUGCCUUGGAUAUCUUCAACAGUGACCAGAACAUGAAGUUCAACUUGGAACACGCGUGGAGGGAGCUUAGGCAUGAUGUCAAAUGGUGCUCCACCUAUCUGGAGAAUGACAAGGAUAAGCGCAAAACCGCGGAUACUCCGGUUGCAGAACCAGAAGAUAGACCAAUUGGGGUUAAGGCUACGAAGGCUGCGGGUAAGAGGAAGAAAACAGGAAAAGAUGAAGAAUUAACCAAGCUUGAAGGGCUGAUGGAGAUUAAAAAGCAAAUCUCAAGGCAAAGUUUGCUUGAAAGUUUGCUUGCAAAACCUGAGCCACUGUCUGAUAUGGAAUUAGCACUGAAAACAAAAUUGUUAUCUGAAAUAUUGUCUUGA